CUUUCUUUCAUCAUGAUUCGUCUUAUUACUUCUCUUCCUUCCAUUUCACAUCCGUUUAUUUUAAUUAAUUCGGAAACUUCACUCAGUAUUUCCUGUGUAGGCAAAAACGUUGUUGUGUGUGUGUGUGUGUGUGUGUGUGUGUGUGUGUGUGUGGGUACGUGCGUGUUUAUGGGUAUCAAUGAAAGUUCCCCCAAAGAUUGCAUCAUACUUAAAACCAGGCAGGAUAACCGGUUCGGCCAAUCACAACGCGCGGUAAGACUCACGCUACUUUCUGAUUGGCUGGACUCGCUCCCCGAGUAGUGGCGUCACACCCAGGGAAGCCCGUGAGAAAGUUAUCAGUUUGUUAUAAACAUAAACAUUAAUUCCUAUCAAACCACACUAACUCAGACAUCUUCCUUCACUUGGACUAUCAAUAAAGAACUGCGGAAUGUGUUAGGGACAUGGCGAUAAGAGUGAGAUACUGCAGAGAGACAGGAGAACGAGAUAAACACAAGAGGAAAUGGAGAGCAGGGGGCGGGAUAGUUGCCAUAUCGCACUCCGUCAGAAAUAGGUCGUGGUGGUGGAGCGCUCAGCUGAUCGGGGUCUUGGGAAGGUGGCAGCGCUCGUGCAGCACUUGUGUGGCAGUUGUGUGGCUCCCUAGUGGCAUUGCAGCUAAUGGGCAACACUCUCCACACCCUGGCAUCCUCACACGCCCACCAGCACCCCGGCCACGCCCAUAGGAUUAAGAAAAAAGGGUAUAAAUAAGAAAGACAUCCGGAUCCUGCUGAAACUCUGAGUGCAGUGUUGAAGACCUGACAGUCCUUCCAGAUCCCCAGAGCCUCAGAAUGGCCGGCCAGCAGCAAGAGACGAGGAGUUUAUGGGUGUUUGGUUACGGGUCACUGUGCUGGAUGCCUGGGUUUCAGUUUGGCGGUUCAGCAGUGGGUUAUAUUCAAGAUUACGUCAGGAGGUUCUGGCAAGGGAACACGACCCACAGAGGAACGCCAGCACAGCCUGGGAGAGUGGCGACGCUGGUGGAAGAGAAAGAGGGGUGCACAUGGGGCGUGGCCUACGAACUGAAGGGGGAAGCGGCGUUGCAGUAUCUGGAGAAGCGGGAAGUUGCCCUUGGUGGUUACAAUACUUCAGUUGUGACCUUCUUCCCUCGUGACCCAAACAUGCAGCCCUUCCCAGUACUCCUCUUCAUUGCCACGCCCUCAUCCCGCGACUGGGCAGGACAGGCGCCCCUACACGAGAUUGCCACACAGGUCGUUCGCUGCUCUGGGCCCUCAGGACACAACGUGGAGUACGUGUUAAGACUGGCGGAGUUCAUGAGAGUUAACGUACCAGAGGGAUACGACGAGCAUCUGGCAACACUGGAGUCUCUCAUACGGCAGCGAGUCAAACAACACAAUUUAUGCCUAAAAACUCUCAUGGGUGACGGCCCCUCUGAGCCUACCCCUGCCCCUCACCUCCAAGCCCCCCACCAGCCCCAGGACGCCCCCCACGCUCCCCCAGUGCAAGAGGAAAGACGGGAUACCUUCCAGUACUCGACUAAAUUGCCUCCCAAGAAACUUCGUUGCCUUAAUGUGUAAAUUUUAUUGUUAUUUUUUAUUUUUUUUUAUUUUUUCUUAUUUUUUUCGUUUUUUUGGGGUGGAAGAAAGGGGAGCGUGUCUGUCUGUCUGUCUGUCUGUCUGUCUGUCUGUCUCUGUUCUCUCUCUCUCUCUCUCUCCGUUCCUUUCCAUCUCCUCUUCCUCAUCUUCUUUCUCCCUCUUCCUCAUCUUCCUCCACCCUGCUCCUCUUCCUUCUACGCCUCUCUCCACAAUUACGUCGUUUUCUAUUGACUAAAGGACUAACUAAAGAAAAUGAGACAAAUGAUAAUGAGCAACAAGAAGUGGAGAGAUCAAAGGGCAAUAGAAAACGGAGAUCAUUUGAUGAGUGACUAAAGGAAAAUUAUAUCACGCCAUUGUUAUUAUUAUUAUUAUUAUUAUUAUUAUUAUUAUUAUUAUUAUUAUUAUUAUUAUUAUUAUUAUUAUGGUGAUUAUGGUGAUAUAUCUUCGAAUUUUGAGUAAUGAAAGAAAAAAAUGAAAUGAAUGAAAUGAAUGUUGCUACCUUCAUUCUUUCAUUUCUCUUAAAUUCUCCUUCUUCCUUCUUUUCACGUUCUUCUUUCACUCCUUCCUUCCUUCCCUCUUUAUUUCAUUCUUUCAUUCCUUUCUUUUCCUUCAUCUCUUCUUUCCUUCCUUUAUUUCCUUUAAAUAUUUUCCUUCCUUUGGCGCUUUUCCUUCACCCUUUCUUCCUUUCUUCAUUCAUUGCUAUCAUCCCCUUCCUUCCUUCCUUCCUUCCUUUUUUUCCUUCUUUUAAUUAUUUCCUUCAUCUUUUCCUCCUCCCUUCCUUCAGUCCUAUGUUCUUCCUUCCUUCUCUUCCUUUUAAUUAUUUCCUUCAUCUUUUCCUCCUCCCUUCCUUCAGUCCUACUCUCUCUCUCUCUCUCUCUCUCUCUCUCUCUCUCUCUCUCUCUCUCUCUCUCUCUCUCUCUCUCUCUCUCUCCCUUCCUUCCGUGGACGCCAACCCAGGCUUCCUUCUUUCAGUAUUACGAAGUGAACGAUGUGAUUCAAUAACUGUCUUCGUACGCACAAUUUGAAGCUUCACUGUUUCGAAUGAAUGUUUUGAAGCUGUUUUGAAUGUACGGUUGGUUUUAUACAUGAUUGUUAUGGUGACGAUGUGCUUAGGGUUCAAAGGGUUGGUUACGGUUCGGAUGUGGAAGUGAAGCCUUGAAUUGGAGGGAGUGAAAUAAGUGAAGCUUUUUUUUUUUUUACGUCAAGUGAAUCUGAAUGUUUGGAUGUUGGAUGUCAAAAUAAAUAGGUUUGUUUAUUUAUUUAUUUAUCUAUUUAUAUAUCUAUUUAUUUAUUUUAUUUUUGUAUUUCAAGGUUUGGGUGGAAAAAAUAUAUUAACCGUUUCUUUUUAAAUAAUUGAAGGAUUUAUUAUGAUUUUUUUUUUAAAGGUUCAAGUGCGAAGUUCAUUGAUUUGUUUAUUUUUACCUAUUUAUUUAUUUAUCUAUUUAUUUAUUUUUGAUAUUUGAAGGCUUGAGUGAAAAAAAAAAUAAAAUAAAUGGUUCAGACAUAAACUUUUACAGUGAACUUUUGAAAAAUUAUGAAAUCAGUUUAAUUUCUCGUCAUUUAAAAACUUGAGAGAGAGAGAGAAAAAAAAUCAGAUUAACACAAGUGAAACAUCUUUUAAGCUAUUUGGAAGCCUACCACGUCGCUCCAAGGCUUCACUCACCGCCAGGCUGCAGCUCUCAAUGUCACGUAAGCUUCCACGUUAACACUUGCUGAUCGUCCGGUUACGCCAUAUUUAUGUAUUUUAUUUAUUCAAUUCCCGUUUCGAAGUGAUGAGUGAAGCCUUUGAAGCCUCGAAAAUAUGACACACAUUUUUUUUUUCACUCAAUUCCUUAUUUUUUUUUUUUCCUCACUGUAGACAUGUAAGGUAAUAAGAGGAAGGAAAAUCUAAGGUGUUAUUUCAUAAUUUUUGUACGUAGUUAAGUAAUUAUGUUUAAGAGAAAGGAAGCCACAGGUGUUUUUAAAAAGGGUAAUUAUUUAUUCAUUAUUUAUCGCAUUACAUGUAAGGAUAGAUUGUUCAAUGUGAUUUAUUAUUUUUUUAAUGAACGAAAUGUGUAUUAGAUGAAAAUAUUUAGAGGGAAAAAGAAAAAGAACACUGAAAAGAGAGAAAAAAAAUGAAAUAAUAUCUUUUGUUUAUUUAUAUAUUUUUUUCUAGAGAUUAAAAAAAAAACGACAAUUUUCUUCACCAUAAUUAUUGAUAGUUAAAAAUUACAGUGAACCUUUUGAGUUAACCACAGUGAGGAUAGUGACAGAUAUAGUGAUUCACAGCACUACUACUACACUACUACUAUUACUAUUACUACCACCACCAUCACCACUACUAUUACUACUAAGAUAGUGUACAUACAUUAGUAUAGUGAAGACGGCUUGCUCUCUCUACAUUUAUGGUGAUGGUGUUAAGGAUGGUGUACCGUGCCAUGAUUAGUGUAAUGGUGACCUGGUGAUGGUGAGCGAAAAAUAGUGACAAGGAAUGGUGAAUGGGAUGGUGAUAGUUGGUGUACAGGUGUGUGGUGACUUAUAGUGAAGAUGGUGAGGUGUUGUACGGUGAUUUAGUUGGUUAUAGUGAGAUAUGGUGAAAAAUAGUGAAGGUGCGUGCUUUUAUAAGUAGGUGUGAUGUGAUGAAUUAAUUAUAGUGACGGUUAUGGUGAGAUGGUGACAGUUAUAUGGGGAUUAAUGGUGAGAUAUAGUGAUGCAUAGUGAGUUACGGUGAAUCGUAUGGUAACUAUUAAUGAUGGUGAAGUAUAGUGUACAAUGACUAAAAUAACCUUGUAUGGUGAUGAAUAGUGAAGAUGUACAGGUAUGGUGAAUGAUAAUACCUUUCAUGAUGGUGACGUACAAUGUAUGGUGAGUAAAAAAAAAGAGUAUGGUGAUGAAUAGUGAAGAUGUACAGGUAUGGUGAAUGAUAAUACCUUUCAUGAUGGUGACGUACAAUGUAUGGCGAGUAAAAAAAAGAGUAUGGUGAUGAAUAGUGAAGAUAUAGUGCAUGUAUGGUGAAGUAUGGUGAGUUUAUGGUAGCUGUAUUCCGUAUGGUGACUAGACAGGUGUUGCACAGGUAUACGAGUGAGUGAUGAUGGUGAAUUAUGGUGAUAUUGUGACACUGUUGCCUGAUAUUGAGUUUAAGCACUGCGCAUUGUACAUUUAUAACUGACCUCACUAUAUUUAAGUGUGUGUGUGUGUGUGUGUGUGUGUGUGUGUGUGUGUGUGUGUGUGUGUGUGUGUGUGUGUGUGUGUGUGUGUCAAUACAUAAUGGGCAUGAUAAAUAGAAAGACAAACAGAUAGACAGACAGACAGACAGACAGACAGACAGACAUACAGACAGACAGACAUAUUGCUAAUUAAACACGCUAUUAAUCAGUGAUAGAUUCAAUUAUCAAUAUGUAUAAUAAUAAUAAUCAUUGUAAUAACUAUUGUAAUCACGACGAAACAAAUGUGAUAUAUUUAUUAAUUUACUUCCUUUUAGAGAGAGAGAGAGAGAGAGAGAGAGAGAGAGAGAGAGAGAGAGAUUUACCUUAGUACGUGUGUUGAGAGCAAAAUAAAGUUUAAUUCUGCAAAAAAAA